AUGGCGUCAACAGAAAAGAUCACGGUCUACAACGUAGCCGACCUCAGAGCAACAACCGACGACGCCCUCCUCAACUACCUCAACUCUCUCGGCCUGGUCCAAUCCCACACCCUCCUCGACACCCGUCUUGCCCUCGGCUUCUCCGCCUUCCUGCUAUCAGCCGCCUGUUUUGCCUGGGACUACAAGCUCGGCUUCGAGUCCACCAAGCAAUACACCCUUGUCGCCGUCGCUCUCUACACUUUACUGAAUGGCGCCCUGACGUACUGGAUCAUGUUCGUCGAGCGGGGCACCAUCUACGCGGGCUCGACCAAGGACGGUAAGACCAAGAUCCGCGUCAUCAGCGAUAGCAAGAAACCGGCCAGCAAGGGGGAGGCGCCGGCGUAUAAGCUGCGGAUCGAAGUGGAGGAUGUGAAUACGAGGAAGACGCAGAAGAUCGAGCUGGAGAAAAAGUUUAGCGAGUGGUUCGAUGCUAGUGGGCGGUUUGUGGCUGCGCCGUUCCAGACUGUGCUGGCACAGGGGAUUCCGCUUGUGGGGAAACUGGAUCCUAAGAGGGCUGUUGCUGCUGCCCCGGCGUCUGGGGGACAGGGUGCGACGAAGGAUCAGUUUGCGGAAACACCGGGCUAUACGGCGGAGAUUCUGGAUGCUAUUGCUAGUGGCUUGGGCGAGAACUCGACAACGACAGGGUCUAGUGCGAAUCAGGAGGCUGCGAAGAAGAGGAGGAAAUAG